AUGUCUAGCUCCAAAUCAACUCUGCAGGUCGCCUUCCCCGGUAGAAAUAUAUCAAACGAAAUAUGCCUCAAUAUCAUUAAAUAUGUCGACAAGUCGACUAUCAAGAAUGCCAGGUUGGUGAGCAAAAGUUGGGCAAAGCUUACGAUGGAAUACGUUUUCACCGAUACUGGGUUUACCAUGAGCCCAUUCAAGGACGAUAUGGAAAGACUGGCGAAGGUGGUCCGGACCCCUAUGUAUAAAUCAAUCCACCACAUCGAGUUCAACAUCGGAGCUGCAGAUAUGGCAGAUUUAGGAACAUGGAUCUUGGACAACGCUCCACCCACUAACCUCAAGGACCUUCUGUCUAAAGAGGCUUUCGCAACUUGGUUUCAAAAGAAGGUCACGAAGCUUAGCGACUCCUAUUCAAGUCAAUGUAUUGGGACCUAUGGAGGGCUCCAAAUCGAUCUAUUAUUGUUACCUCUCAAAAUGCUCGAUUAUAUCUCCAUAAUCAGCCCCAAUAAUAAAAAUAAGCCGUCCCCAGACAGAAUCUUAAGUUAUCUCAGCUUGUUGCAUGGCCUACAGAGAGACACUGAUGAGGUCUCAAUGUGGGCUGGCAUACCCGAACUAAAGCUCGGUGCGCUUCUCGACAUAAUCUCUCGUCUGCCAUCAUGGCCGACUGCCCUCAAAAAUCUUCACAUCGAUCAGUUUCCAUUACAAUCAUUGAGCAGUUGA